ACAUAAAUUAUCAUAUUUUUGAGCCUCUUGGCUAUGAUUAAAUAGAAAGUUAACUUCAAAUAUAUAUAAAGCGCGAAGAUCUCAUUGCUGAAAAGAAAAAAGUAGCGUGUAUCUUCGAGAGAUGACAGAUGCAGGGGUGAACUUUCUGGUGGGGAAUUUGUUGGAUCUGUUAAGUGGUAAUAUAGAUCUGAUUAGAGGGGUAGACGAUGAGUUCAAAAAUUUACUGGAAGAAGUGCAACGCCUGAAAGCAUUCCUUGACGAUGAUGCUAAAUUCCACAGCGAGAGCAGUUUAUGGGAUCAAUUGGUGAAAGAAAUUCAAAAAAUGGUACAUAAAUCUGAAGAUGUAAUUGAUAAAUUUCUGAUUCAAUCUAAGCUGCAUCGAGAUAAGAAUAAAGUUGAAAGAUUCUUCGAUGUCGGUCAUAUGGCAGUAGUUAGGGAUCUUGCAGCUGAAAUUAAAGACAUCCAUGAGAAGGUGAAGAAACUUCGGCAAGACCAUACAGAUUCUUUCAGUCCUAAACCACUUCUUGACAUCCCUGAAAAAGCCCACCAAGUAACCCAGGUCCUGGGUUGGAUAUCCGGUUCCAAUUCGAAUGUCAGAGUUUGGUUCUGGGGGUCAGAUUUCGGAUCGGUCGUUGGGUUGUGUCUUAAUUCGUGUGUCGGGUCAUGUCCUAGAUCAAUUAUGGAGGGUCCUUUGGAGGAUGAUGAAGUGGUCGGGUUUGAUGAGGAAGCUAACGAAGUGAUGAAGCGACUUGUUGAAGGAGUGUCGGAAAGUGUGGAUAUUAUCCCAGUAGUGGGUAUGGCCGGACUUGGAAAAACUACACUGGCAAGAAAAAUCUGCAAUGAUUCUAAGCUUUCAUUUGAAUUUUUCAGAAUCAUUUGGGUUAAUGUUGGUCUGGAAUACAAAAUAAAGGAUAUUUAUCUUACGAUUCUCAACUUCUUCACAAAACACAUAGAAGAUCAUUUCAAUGAGGAUGUGGACGCAUUAGCUAAGACAAUAUGUGGUUUUAUGAGUGAAGAAGGAGGUAGAUGUCUCAUUGUUUUAGAUGAUGUGUGGGUAGCAGAAGUAGUUGAUGCUGUCAAGAAAGUUUUCCCCAGAAACAAAAAGGGGCAUCGGAUCAUGCUGACCACGCGUGAUGGAUACCUUGCUACCUAUACCAAUCCAGAUCCACAUAAUUUGAAGCGUUUGACACCAUCAAAUAGUUUUGAGUUGUUGGAAAAAAGGGCUUUUGGCAAUGGAAAUUUUCCUGUGGAGUUAGUUGAACUUGGAAAAAACAUUGCACAAAGAUGCUGGGGAGUACCACUUGCAACAGUGCUAAUUGCAGGACUAUUAAGAGGUCUUCGGAACAAAAGUGACUGGGUAAGAGUUGAAAGCAAUGUGUCGCAACGUCUUCAUAACAAGGAUUAUGAUUUUGCUUUAUUUAUAGAGAUGAGUUACGAUCGUUUGCCUCAAGAAAUGCAGAGGUGCUUUUUAUACUGUGGCAUCUUUCCUCGGGGCUUUGAUAUCCCUGCUUGGAAAUUGAUUCGCCUGUGGAUUGCGGAAGGGUUAAUAAAACCCCAGCAGUCAUCCACUCUUGAGGAGAUAGCAGAGCGUCAUUUGAAUGACCUUGUUCAUAGGAAUUUAGUGAUACUGUUGCAAAAGAGGUCUGAUGGUUCAAAUAAAGACAUGUCGUCUUCACGACAUGUUACAUGAGUUUUGCAGAACAAAGGCUGCUAACAAAUGGCUUUUUCAAGAAAUAUGUACAACAGUUGAUAACGCUAUUCCUUCUAUACAGGACUCAGACACUUGCCGUCGAUUGUGCAUUCAACCAUCUACUCUGAAUGACUUUCUCUCCACAAAACCUUCUGCAGAACAUGUCAGAUCUUUCUAUUGUUUUUCCUCGAAACAAAAACAAACUGACUUGUCUCCUAAUGACAUCAAACUCAUUCACAAGCAUUUCCACUUAUGAGAGUCUUGGAUGUUGAGUCUCUCAAAUUUCUUUUCUCCAAAGACUUUAACAAUUUAUUUCAUUUGAGGUAUGUUGCUAUCUCAGGUGACUUUAAGGCCCUCCCUCCUACCUUUGGUAAAUUCUGGAAUUUACAAACUCUUAUACUUAAUACAAGUACCUCAGAGCCCACUCUUGACGUAAAGCAGACAUAUGGAACAUGUUACAGUUGAGGCAUCUGCACACCAGCAUACCUGCAAAAUUGCCGUCCCCUACUAUCACCACAGGUAAACCUUCUUGCCUGCAAACUCUUUCUUUAGUUGCACCAGAAAGUUGCAAGAAAGAUGUGUUCGCCAAGGCAUGUUUUCUAAAAAAAUUGAGCAUUCGAGGGCAAAUGGCGGUUUUUUUUGAGUCCAGGGGUGGAAUCAGCAAUCUUGAAGAGCUUAAGUGCCUGGAACAUUUGAAACUGUUGAAUGAUGUUCUUUACAUGAAUAAAACAAUUCAUCUUCCAGCAACAUUCUUCAGACUUGUACGUACAGUGAACAAGUUAACUUUGGCAAACACAAGGUUUUCAUGGAAUGAGGCGGACAAGUUAGGGCAAUUGGAAUCCCUUGAGGUUCUAAAGUUAAAACAUAAUGCAUUUGUUGGUAAUUCCUGGAAGCCAGAGAUUGGAGGUUUUCGCCAGCUCCAGGUCUUAUGGAUUGAAAGUUCAGCAGAAUUAGAAUCUUGGGAGGCUUCGGAUGUUAACUUCCCCAUGCUUAGUCACCUUGUUCUUAUCUCUUGUGAUAAGCUUGACGCUCUACCAAUUGAGCUAGCUGAUUUACCUAACUUUCAAGAGAUGAGGCUGGAGAAAAUGAGCAAAGCCAUCGAAUCUGCAAAAGCAAUAGAGGAAAGGAGGACAUCUAAGAGCAUCAAAUUCAAGCUAACCAUAUCAUGUUGAAAGGUGAGAGAAUCAAGGUGACAUUGCUAAUAACAAGUCUUGAUUCAUGAACAAACUUGGGGUACUCUUUAUUUCAUGUCUUUUUUGCAGUCCAUUCAUCUAAUAAACUUGUUCUAGUAAAGAAGAUACUUAUUUAAGUUGUAAUUUGUGUAUUAAAGCUUUGUGAACUUUGAUAAUAAGUCUCCAUUUAUGUUUGAAAUAAUUUUAGCAGAUUUCAA